AGCGGGGCUGAGCGGCAGAAUGGGGAAGGCGGUGGCGGCCCUCGGGGUCGAGUUGGGUGUGCGGAUCGCCCUGUUCGCGGCCUUCCUGGUAACAGAGCUCCUCCCUCCCUUCCAGCGGCUGAUCCAACCGGAGGAGAUGUGGCUUUACCGGAAUCCGUAUGUGGAAGCUGAGUAUUUCCCUACCAAGCCCAUGUUUGCUAUCGCAUUUCUUUGCCCCCUGUCUCUGAUCCUCCUGGCCAGAUGUCUCCGGAAGGCAGGGGGGACAGACAGCAGACAGGCCUGCCUGGCUGCCAGCCUUGCCCUGGCUCUGAACGGCAUCUUUACCAACACAGUAAAACUGAUGGUAGGCAGGCCACGCCCAGACUUCUUCUACCGAUGCUUCCCGGAUGGGCAGGCCCAUUCUGACUUGAUGUGCACAGGAGACAAGGACGUGGUGAAUGAGGGCCGGAAGAGCUUCCCCAGUGGACAUUCGUCCUUUGCAUUUGCUGGUCUGGCCUUUGCUUCCUUCUACCUGGCAGGGAAGUUACACUGCUUCACGCCACAAGGCCGUGGGAAGUCUUGGAGGUUCUGUGUCUUUCUGUCGCCUCUCCUCCUUGCAGCUGUGAUCGCACUGUCCCGCACCUGUGACUAUAAGCAUCACUGGCAAGAUGUCCUAGUUGGAUCCAUGAUUGGCCUGACACUCGCCUACGUCUGCUACAGGCAGUAUUACCCCCCGCUGACUGACGCGGAAUGCCAUAAGCCAUUUCAGGACAGACUUGUACUUCCUACUGCACAGAACCCUGGCGAUCCUUAUCAUUUUAGUAUUUAGAAAUUGGAACUACCUCAGUGGCGCUCAGGUGAAUCAGCUCUUCGUAACUGCCCAAGAUUUUCUGACCUUCUGCCCUCUUACGAGGUACGAGCGAGGACAUCAGCACAUCAUUCUGCCUCAGCAGGUUUACAGUUUUGCUCACAUGGAUUAUCAUGGAGUCAAAGCUCAAGGUUCUUUUUCACUGCUCUGUGCCACACAUUCUGGUAAAAAAAACCAUACUGUAGUCCGCCAGCUGGUAUCCCAGUAUCUACAGCAUUUUAUCUCUCAUAUAAAUGCCAUUCUUGAAAGGAUCUUUCAUAUAAGGCAGCUUUAACAAGGGGCACGUGAACAGCUCGGUCAGUUGAGCAUCUGACUAGAUUUUGGCUCAGGUCAUGAUUUCAGGCGUGUGGGAUGGAGCCCCACCAAGC